AACUACAACUCCCGAGUGCUGUUGGGGGAGGACUCGGGAGCGGGAGGCUCGGGACGGCUCCUCGCUUCUCCGGGAUACAGAGAAGGGGCGCAGAGGCUGGAGCCCGGAGUCUGAGCGGGCGUUGCCUCACGGCGUGAGACGCGGACUCUGCCCCUAUGCGGGAGGCCCGGGAGGAGUCCGACCUGGAGCGGUAUCAGAGAAGCCUUCGAGACCGUGCUAGUAAAAGUAUCCAUCAACUGAAAUAUGCCUUGGUGGAAGGAGAUCCCACAGCGGGAGAAAGUGAAGUUGCAUUUGACCAGUCCUCCACAGGUAAUGAUGAGAGUGGGGAAACGGCCUGGCAGGAACUGCAACACAGUCAUGCAGUUAAUCAGCUUAAAGCUUUAUUGCGGGAGCAAGAAGGACUAGAAAGUGAAGUAUCUCCAUCAAGGAGGAGGAGGAUGUCACCCUCAAGAACUUCAGAAGCUGCAGAUCAGAGUUUGCCUACACUUUGUGAUCUUGUUCCUAUCAUUAAUGAUCAGUCCCAGUACAUUCACCACUUAGAAGCUGAAGUGAAGUUUUGCAAGGAGGAGUUGUUUGGGAUGAAAGAUCGGAUACGAGUAGUUGUGCUUGAAAAUGAAAAACUCCAUGAGGAACUGAAAUCUCUAACUGUAGAGCAGACGUUGAGAGAACAAACUCUUUUGGAUGCCUCAGCAAAUGUUCGGAACUCCUGGACUGUAGGAGGUGAUGAUUCUUAUUUAUGUCAACCUGCCAAGUCAUCACCAUCACAUAAUAAAGAACAGGUUUUGGCCACAAGAGCCACUGCAGAAACAGAAAAAUGGCAGCUAGAAUUGGAGAAGCUAAAACUUCUUUAUCAAGAAAGGACUGAUACACUUGAAGCUCAAGUACGGUCUCUAAGAAAAGACUUAUCUGAAUCUGAGAAGAACUGUGAAGAUCUAAAAGGAAGAUUAAAACACCAAGAUUCACUUAUUGCAACCAGUAAUUCCAACCGGGUUGGUGGUCUUUGUCUGAAAUGCGCACAGCACGAGGCUGUUCUUUCUCAGACUCAUUCCAGUGUCCACAUGCAGACCAUUGAAAGGUUAACAAAAGAAAGAGAUGACUUAAUGGGUGCACUUGUUUCAGUAAGAAGGAACCUGAGUGAGAUGCAGCAAAGGGAAUCUAGUGCUUAUGAACAAGUAAAACAAGCUGUGCAAAUGACUGAAGAAGCCAAUUUAGAAAAAAUGAAGGCUCUAGUCCAGUGUGAACAGCUGAGAAGUGAGAUGGAAAGACAGAAAGAUCGCCUUGAAAGGGAGCUAAUUGCCCAACUAGAUAAGAGGGCCGGUGAAAAAGAAGCCCUGCGAGGAGAAAUGAAGAAAGAAAGAGAGGACUUGGCAUCAACGGUGAUGGUUUUGUCUCAGAAUGUGGCAACACUGGAGGCUCGGUUAGAGAGAAUUACAAGAGAGAAGAACUCAAUAGCUAACCAGCUAGAGGAAGCCCAAAACCAACUUACCUCUCAGGAGAUGGAAGUUAAUAAGGUGUGUGGAGAAAUACGUUUUCAGUUGAAUCAAACCAAAAUGAAGAAGGAUGAGGCAGAAAAGGAGCACAGAGAGUACAGAACAAAAACUAUAAGGGAGCUUGAGAUUAAGGACCAGGAAAUAGAGAAAUUGGGAUUAGAGCUGAAUGAAAACAAACUGCGUUUGGAACAAGCACAGCAGAAUGCAGCGAGAGCCAAAGACGAGUGCCUAAAACUGACAGAACUGCUGGGUAAAUCUGAGCACCAACUGCACCUCACCAGAUUGAAGAAAGAAAGUAUUCAGCACAGUUUUAGCAAUGAAGCAAAGACCCGAGCCCUUCAGGCAGAGCAAAGAGAGCAGGAGCUGACACAGAAGAUGCAACAAAUGGAGGCCCAGCAUGAUAAAACUGUGAAUGAACUGGAUUCUUUGCUGACCUCCCAGAAUACAUUCAUAGCAAAAUUAAAGGAGGAAUGUUGUAUGUUGGCAAGGAAGCUGGAACAUGUAACAGAAAAAAACAGGUCUGAAGUCAGCCAGCUUAGUCAAGAAAAUGAGUACGUUCAUGAUAGACUGGAGAAGAUGCAGAAAAGAAAUGAUGAAUUGGAAGAACAGUGCAUCCAGCAUGGGAGAAUGCAUGAGAGAAUGAAGCUGAGGUUACACCAGCUUGACAAGCAUUGCCAAACCACUGCCCAGCAGCUAGUGGAGUUACUCAACAAACAGAAUCAGCUCUUCAGAGAGAGGCAGAUGCUAACAGAGGAGGUGCAGUUCCUGCGAACACAGGUACCAUGCCAAUACUGGGAACAAGAGAAAAGAAAAUCAUAGGAAAAUGUUCUGCAGCCAUCAAGAAAGAUAAAGACUUUGCUAAAGUCUUGUAUCAAGAAGGAAAACCACCAUGAAACACAAUCUUCAGAGUACAGAAAUAACUAAUUGAUUAAAAGGGAUGGCAGGGCAGUUGAUAGUUGUACCCACACUCUGAUUAAACCUACACUCGAUUAAGAAAAUGCUGUGAGAUGCAUCUAAGCAGAACAAAUACUACUUGUGUCAUUAAUUCCAAUCAGAAAUUUUUGUUUCAUCCUUCAUGUCAUAUGAUAGUAGGCAAUAGAAAAUUCCUUGUUUAACAGCAUUAGCAUAUAGUAUUGAAACGCAGAACUGCCUCUCAACUUGAAACGUAAUCAUUUUGAAAACUCUAGUUUUAGGGUGUAACGCCUGAGACCCCCACCCUCUGGUUGUGGUUUUGCAAUCUCAUUUCCCUGUUUAAAAAAAAAAAAAAAGGUUUUUUGCCUCCCUUGUUGCAGUGCGAAAACCCCACCCAAACAAGGGAGACAGACUGCACAGGGGAAACAGUGGGGAUCUGUAUGGGCACAGGAGUCCACCCUAGCACAAGAAAUGGCAGGAUUAAGGCCUUACUUAUGUAGGGUGCAGUCUGCACGUUACUGUUAAAAGUAACAUUUUUCAGACACUGAUUUUUAAGUUGGAUGCUGCCCCUUUAAUCAUUCACUACUUUGGAAAGCAGGAAAAGAAUCGUGACUUUUUAAACUGUAACUGAACUGCUGAAUUAAACGUCGUUUCCAAAUCUA